GCCCCAGAGCAGAAGGAUUAUUAAGCGCAAAAACCGAUUGUGUUAUGACCGACUGAAAUUUGAAUUAUGGAUUCUUCGGAAAUGUUUACCAUUUCUCCCCUACUGCUAUAUCCAAAUCUGCAUGCUCAGCUCAUGUAUUUAUAUGCGGAACAUGCAGGAAUGUAAUAGUGGUUAUUAUACAAGGGGGGAAACAGGCCGUUAAGAGGCUUUUUAAUGUAACCGCUUGAGGGAGAAUUGAGAGAAGAAAGCCAAACGCCACUAAAGUAAAAAGCGUGGAAAGCAUGUGGGUCUAAACAGGGAAGUAGCAAUCAUUUGCUACAGAUUAAUGUUUAUACCUUUGGUGCUUUAUUGAAACUUUGGAGCAAGGGGAUUAGUGGAACGCAUGGGUGGAAUACUGGGAAAUGCUUUUUCCGUCGUUUUUCAAGUAUCCCCUCUUGCUCAUUGCAAAGCGAUAAGGACAUAGAUGCAGGAGGCAGAGGAAUAGACCUCUCAACCUAGGUAAAGCAGAAGGUCAGUUGCUUCAUCCUGGACUUUGUUCUGGGGGUUGGGGUGGUGAAGGCAAAGGGACAGGUAGCACUACAGAGUGAUACAGGAGCACUUUUUCACAGGGCAGCAGAACAAGACACUCCUCAGCUUUCUUUGAGGUAUAUGCUACUGAGAUUAUGCAUGUACAAUUUGCCUAUAUUUCUGUGUGUGUGUCCAUAUAGAAGAUUGAUCAGAGCUAAAAGAGAGGAAGUGUGAAUUUCUAAGAAAGCCUACGUGAUGGGGGCAAAAGUAUAAAGAAUAAAAGCUGUGAGAUGUGGCGCCCCCAGGCAAUUUCAAUGUCUCUUAUGCCGGCUUGAAGAUGGCGCAUGAUGAACGUGAGGUUGCAAGGAGGUCCCUGCUUUGGACGACAGAAGACUGAGCAACAGAAGAUUCACUGAUGGGGAAGACGAGCCGAGUUGUGACCAUCUCUGCUCUGACAUGUCUGUCUCAGAUUCCUCAGGUGACACUGCAGGAGAGCUGUUCAGGCACUGACCAUUCUCCCCAGAGCUGCUCAAGCCAAAACUGGGUCCAUCUCUGGUACAUCUGGUACUGCUGCCUUCACUGCCACCCAGCCGGGGAAGACGACAACUCCCAGCCCUAUGAAGUCACAGUCAUCGCAUUUGAUCACGACAGCACUCUUCAAAGCACCAUCACUUCCUUCCAUUCGGUGUUUGGUCCAGCUGCUAGAAGAAUGCUUGCAGUAGCUCAUUCCCACAACGUUCUCCCAGCCACACAUUACCCUGCUGGGAUGGAGACACCCCCCAUUUAUGAGGAGGCUGUACACAUGAGUAGAUUCAGAGUGGCUAGAAGUGGAGAACCAGCCCCAGAGUCACAGCCGGAGGAGAAACAGUCGGUGGACGCCGAGAAAGGACAACAAGCAGAUCAACCAUCAAGCCAAGGCUCCUGAACCAGAUCAUCAUCAAGUACUGCCAAGACUACUUCAAAUUAUGUUCCUUUGGUAGCUGUACUGUUUUCUAAUGCUACAAUUCUCAAAUUCCCCAGAGAGGCUUGGGAAACCCAGCUGGAUGGGCAGGGUAUAAAUAUAUUAUUAUUAUUAUUAUUAUUAUUAUUAUUAUUAUUAUUAUUAUUAUUAUUAUUAUCACGGUGCAUUAAAUAAAUUGCAUACAACCUGUAGCAAUGUGGAAAUACAUUGUAUGCAAGAGCAGAGAUUUUACACGCGUUUCCAAAGUUUGUAUUUCUCUUGGACUCUUAAAUCGAUCACUAGCGCUGUAAAAUAUAAUGUGGAAGCACAACACAAAUGUUUGCAGUGAAUUUCAAUUCAUGAUCUAUGUUUAAUCACUGACCAUCCGUUGCUGCCUUGACUUUUCGUGUGGUGUUUUCUUCUUAAUGAUGUGCAUAAUAGGUUGCCUGCCUUUGAGUCCUUAAUCCUUAAACUAUCACUAGUUAUCAUUACAUGAUUAGUGAGAAUGGUGAUUAAUUGAAGGAGGCCAUUAAAGUAUUUGAGUGGGGGAAAUACUGUUGUUGCUUUUUUUUAAAAAAAGAUGUGAGUUAA